AUGGCCAACACCGCUAAGAAACUCCGCAUCGGCGUCAUGAUGGACACAGUCCAGCUGUCCGAUGUCAUCGGCGCCGACAUCCUCGCCGGCUUCCGGCUCGAAUCAAUCAAGGAAGCCGCCGCGUUUGCCCCAGAGCUCGUCGGUGACCUUGUGCAGUACGCACCCGACAUGGAAUUCUUCUUUCUCUCCUCCACUCUCGACCCAACCGGGACGACAUGCGGACUCAAAUAUGCGCCCAACAUGACCUACGACGACUGUCCCCGCGACCUGGACAUUGUCCUCAUCGGCGGGCCCUGGCCGACCCACCGCCCUGCAGCAGCGGACAAAUUCAUCAAGGAGGCCUGGGAGAAGACCCCUGUCUGGCUGACCACCUGCACUGGAAGCCUGUGGCUCGCCAGCUCCGGCGUCCUCAAGGGCUACAAGGCAACGACGAACCGCUCAUUCAUCCCCACGGCCCAGCAGUUGAGCCCUGACGUGGAUUGGGUUGCCCGACGCUGGGUGACGGGGCCAAAGCCGUAUACUGGCGAGUCCAGCCUGAAGCCCGAAUUGUGGACAGCCGGCGCUGCAGGUUGCGGCCUUGAUAUGGUUGUGAAGUUCUGCUACGACACCUGGAAUCACCAGCUUGUAGACCUUGCUGUUAAAGAAGGCAUGGGUUUUGAUGUGGAUUCCAAGCGCGGACAGGACUACUGA